CUCACUCUUUCAUCGCCGCCGCAUCGUCGUCGUCGUCGUCUCGUCUCGGGCUCCACCAGCGCAGAGAACAGGUGCAACAGGCCCCCAGCGACGCCGCGUGCUGCAAGCCCGACCGUCCACCACCAUGCGCCUCACAAAGGCCCACCUCGCCGGCCUCGACCAGUACAAGUACUCGGGUGUCGACAAGUCGAUCGUCUCGCGGCAUGUGCUGGGGCACUGGUGGAACUGGCUCGUCACGCUCUUCCCGCGGACGCUGGCGCCGAACGCGAUCACCUUCCUCGGCCUUUGCUUCGUGUUCAUAAACGUCGCGACGCUGCUCUGGUUCGACAUCACCUACGAGGGCAAGGACCUGCCGCCAUGGGUCUACUUUACGUGGGCAUUUGGACUGUUUGCGUACCAGAGCAUGGACGCUAUCGACGGAAAGCAGGCGCGUCGCCUCGGCAUGGGCUCGGCGCUCGGGGAGAUGUUCGACCACGGAUGUGACGCGAUCAACACCUCGCUCGAGGUCAUCCUCGCGUGCCACGCGCUCAACCUCAACCGCUCGUGGUGGACAGUGGCGAGCAUGACCGCGUCCCUGACCAACUUUUACGCCUCCACCUGGGAGGAGUACCACACUGGCACGCUGUACCUCUCGGCCUUCUCUGGCCCCGUCGAGGGUAUCCUCAUGGUCGUGGCCAUCUACGCCAUCACUGCGAUCCACCCGCUGCACCAGCGCUUCUGGGACCUGCCCAUCUUCUCCCUCAUCCCCGGCGACCUCGGCCUCCAGUUUGCGACCAAGAUCGACACCCUCCUCAAUCUCCCGGACAAGUACACGCUCGCGACGCUGCCCAUCAACGUCGCGUUCAUGAUCUUUGGCGCGUUCGGCACCGCUGCCAACAUCAUCACCGCGUACUGGCACGUCAUUGCCGCCCGCCACCGCGAGAAGAAGCCGAUCCUCACUCCCCUGCUCGGCCUGCUUCCCUUUGGCGUCCACACUGCCAUCCUCGUCAUGUGGCUCCACUCGGAGCGCAAGAACGGUGUCGCCCUCGUCCACGACGCCCGUCUCCUCCCCUUUAUUGGCUACUGGGGCAUGGCCGCCGCGUACCAAGUGUCCCAGCUCAUCCUGGCACACGUCACAAAAUCGCCCUUCCCGUACUGGAACGGCAUGAUGAUCUACUCGCUGUUCGGGGCGUUGGACGCCAACGCAGAGUGGCUGUUUGGACGCGAACCGCUAGUCCAAGGCAGCGCCAUCGCAUCAGACGUCUUCAUCCAGAUGUCGUUCUUUGUCGCCCUGUUCAACUAUGUGCGCUUUGCGCGCGAGAUCAUUUGGCAAAUAUGCGAGUACACUGGCAUUGCCUGCUUCACUGUCCGUCGUAAGGACGCCCAGGGCCGCUGGGUCGACGCCAACACGAUCAAGAAGGAGUAGACGCCGUGAUCAAGAAGAGUAGUAGACGCCCCGAACCACAUGUUACCCCCGAGCGCAGCUACAAUCUUACCCCCCAAAACAAGGCCUAAUCGCAAUACACAACCGUCUGCCUAUACUUGCCAGCCGACCAUGACCGGCGUCAUAUCCCCACGGCAUGACAGUACAUAUCCAUACAUUUCUCAAUCUCCAGGAGCACAAGUCUCUUCCACACAUAGACGGUUGCCAUGCAUCUUGAUGUGGAGA